CUGGCUAGGGUUUUAAAAUAGAUAAAUUGGGGAGAGAAAAUCAAGCAAAACACAAAACGCAAAUCCCCAGUCGUAUUUGGUGGUUCUAUCCACUUUGUUCGUGAAAUCUCGGAUUCCCACCGACUUCUUCAUCCUUUAUCACGCGUUCUCCUUCUCUGCGAAUACAUAUCUUCCAUCUCUCUCCAGUCUUUCAUCUUCUUUGUGACAUACACGGGAAUUAUAACCCUAAUCCACAUCCAGAAGAACAGUUUCAGUCCAUACAAGACAGUUUGAUUUUUGCAGCUCAAGAUGCCAGCUACAGCAGGAAGGGUUCGCAUGCCUGCGAACAAUAGGGUGCAUAGUAGUGCAGCGCUGCAAACCCAUGGCAUAUGGCAGAGUGCAAUUGGUUAUGACCCGUAUGCACCCAACAAAGAUGACUCAAAAUCAGCCAACCAAAUGCCUUCAAACGCUGAGCCAGAGGGUGAGAACGCGUACGCUAGCUUUCAGGGACUCCUUGCCCUUGCGCGUAUAACUGGUUCGAAUGCUGAUGAGCCUCGUGGUGCUUGUAAAAAGUGUUGCCGUGUUGGGCACCUGACAUAUCAAUGUAGGAAUUUUUUGAGUGUCAAGGAUGAGAAUCAGGACAAAGACCCUGAAGGCAUUCAAGUGCAAGCCUUGUCUGGGUUGGAUAAAGCGAGGGGAAGUGUUGGUAAGGUGAAUGGGAAAAAAGAGCUUCAGAGUGCACCAGAGAGUGAGGAGGAAGAUGAGGAGAGUGAUUCCUCAGAUUCGGAUGUGGAUUCAGAGAUUGAGAGGAUUAUUGCUAAGAGGUAUGGAAAGAAGGGUAGUAGUAAGGGCAAUUCCUCGAGGAAGAAGGAGAAAUCAGAUGAAGAUGAGUCAGAUUUAGAUUCUGGAAAGGGGAGGAAAAGAGGAAGGUCAAAGAAAAGGAGGAGUAAGAAAAGGGAUGCUAGCACUUCAGAGGACGAGGAUGCAGGAAGGAGAAAGAGGAGGGGGGAGAAGAGGAGAAAAAGGGAUGAGUCCUCAGAGGAAGAGGAAGAGCGUCGGUACCGUAGGAGGAAGAGUAGGAAGGAAAGGAGGAGACGGAGAAGUAAUCGCUCUUCAGAUGUGGCAGGUGAUUACAGGAGAAGGGCUUUGUCACAUUCCGAUUCUGAUGCAAGUGGCUCCGAUGACUCGCGGGUUGGAAGGAACAAAGAAAGGUCAGGGAAGAGAAGCAGGAAACACCAUCGUGAAGAUGAUGAUUGAAGUCAGUAUACAAAGGCAUGGCUAGAGAAAUGGAUGUGUUGUUGAUCGACCUAGAUGUUCUAAGCAAGUGAUGGAAGUCACGCGGUAGGAAAAGCAUGCAGUCUAAGAUGGUAAGCUGGAAGCGCAUUGUUCUUCUUCAUAGUUUCUAUCAUAUAUGGCUAUUUAUAAGUGUUCCAGAACCUGUAAUUUUAUGAAGUGAUUUUUUUCACACCAACUUUAUUCGA